AAAGUGUGUUUAUAACCAGAAAGUGCUAGAGAGAAACCUGAGGUCCUAAAGCCAAGGCUUCCCUUUGAUGUGAAAAAUGUAUACUGUUUAUGACAUUUAUAACAGAUCUUGAAAAAGAGAUAUUAUUAUAGUUUCGUGAAAAAAGAUAUGUCAGAGAAAGCGAAAACCAUGAGCCACAUCAAACAUAUUCCCAAGGAUGCUCAAGUCAUCAUGUCAAUCAUGAAAGAUAUGGGAAUAACGGAUUACGAGCCAAAAGUGAUCAAUCAAUUGUUGGAGUUUACCUAUCGAUACGUCACAUGUAUAUUGGACGAUAGUAAGGUAUAUGCUAAUCAUGCCAAAAAGAAGUUUAUUGAUUUGGAUGAUGUCAGAUUAGCAGUUAAAAUGCAGCUGGAACGUUCUUUUACGAAUCCACCACCCAGGGAUGUACUGCUGGAUGUGGCACGUGCCAAAAACAACAUCCCGUUACCCUUUGUCAAGCCGAGUAAUGGUCUCAGAUUACCUCCGGAUCGAUAUUGCUUAAAUGGAACAAAUUAUAGACUUAAAAACGCGACAAAAAAGGCCGUUCAAAAAUCUGCGCAUUCAUUGGUUGGCAAUAAUCAAACUGGUGGACAAUCGAGACCAAAAGUGGAGGGAAACAAAACUGGUGUAUCGAUCGUUAAAAGACCCGGUACACUCACUACUGUUGCUAGAACGCAAAGCAUUUCUGUACCAAAACCAGUUUUGAAAUUUUCGACAGCUACGACCAGCACCGCAACGGUGAAGACACAAGUAACGAAACCGAAGAUACAAAUCACUUCCGCUCAAACGUUGCCGACCGUGAAGAUGGAGACCGAGGAAUCGUUGAAAAGGAAGCGAGAAGAUGACGACUACGACGUACCGUAAUCUUUCGAUUUCAGAUAAUUUUCCGUCUAACAAUGAAUUUAUUCUCGGACUUUUGUUUUUUCAAUUUGGAAUUUUGCAAUAAUCCGUGAGUUAUAUAAGUCUUUCUAUAAUUCUUGUUAAUAUAAUAUAAAAAAAAAGAAUUUAUAAAGCCUAAACAAUUAUAAAAUAUAAAACUAUAUAUAUAUAUAUA